UGUUGUAUGACAAAUUGAGUUCAAGCUUACCUUUUGUCGAUUUAUCAAUAUCUCUUAUUAAAUUGUAAAUUUCGUAAUCAAAUUGUAUAGUUCGUUACCAACAUACUGUUUGGUUCUCAGUGGACAGAGAUGCUGAGCUGUUGUUUUGGCAGAAAAUGACUUCCAGCACUAAAUGCAAUGAUCCCUCUCCGCCGGUGAAAACACCACCUCGCUUUCAGUAUCUGCUUAUUUAAGAUUUAUUUAUAUCUUUCAAUGAUAAAAUCUCAGACACACAUACACCCAUUCUUUUUGGUGUUCAUUAUACGUGUGAAUAUUUUAUCAUUACUGAAAUGAAUUAUGUUUACAUUGUUGUUUUGAAUUGUUUUAGUUUGGUAUUUUUACCUGGCGGGGAGAGGAUGCCUUAAACAGAUAUCAGUCUGGUUAACAUAAUAAAUCGAGUUUAGGUUCGUUUUUAAAAGAAAAUGAGAGUACCCGUCACCAAAAUUGAAGCACACCUUUGAAUAAAUAACCACGCUCCGCCAGGUCAAAAUACCGUUGAAAAUGCAAUAAAAAACGGUAUUAACGUUUGGUUUCCUGUCGUUUGCAGAUUUAAAGUUUCCUUCAUCCAUAUUCGUGUGUUAAAGAAAUCAAAGACAUUUUUCUCUUGUGUUGGUCCCUUUUCUCGAGUUCACCACGGGGUCACACUUCAUCACGGGGUCAAGGGUAGCGCGGGGGAUGGGGGAUGAGGAGACGGUGGCCAUCCUGUGUUGUUUAACAGUGAAAAAUGGCCCCAGUAAAGCUGACCGAUCGGCAACGAAAAACGCGGAGCCUGUAUGCGAAGACCCGUUAACGAUAGAAGAAAUACGGAGCUGGGCAGAAUCCUUUGACAAGCUCAUGAAAAGUAAUUCGGGUCGGAAAGUGUUCCGCGAGUUCUUGCGGUCAGAGUACAGCGAAGAGAACAUGUUGUUUUGGUUGGCAUGUGAGGAGCUCAAGCAGGAGCAGAGCUCCGAAGCUGUGGAAGAGAAAGCUCGUCUCAUAUAUGAGGACUACAUCUCAAUUCUCUCGCCUAAGGAGGUUAGUUUAGACUCGCGAGUAAGAGAAGUUAUAAAUCGAAAUAUGGUGGACCCGACACCUCACACGUUCGACGAGGCACAGUUGCAAAUAUACACUUUGAUGCAUCGAGAUUCCUAUCCGAGAUUUUUAAAUUCUCAAAUUUAUAAGAAACUUAUACAACAGUACUCAUGAAUUAGGGAGUUAUAUGGUUAUUAGGAUUUUCUUAAUUGUUUUUCUCCGGGUAGAUUUGGAUGCUGCACAACUUGGAGAGAAGGUGCUCUCUAAGUCUUGUUGUUAAGUUUACAUUGACCAUUAAAAAAGGGCAGCCGCCGCGAGAUAUGUGCUACAGAAGAUGUUUGUGCUAGAACGAAUGGCGUGUUUCAUAUCUACCUGUGUUCACUGCCGCCCCGUCUUUCCCUAUGGGACUAUGUACGGGGCGAAUGUGCUUUUUUGUCCGGGCGCAGAUUUGACGCUAUUAAAUGAACGGAUGUUUAAUAGUUCAGUGUUCUCGCAAAGACAAUUAUUUUUUCGGACAAUGGGAGACACGAGAAGAUACAUAUGUGAUUAUUUUGUAACCGUUCUUCGUUAGACGUCAUUUACACGUAAUACACGUUUCUGGGAUCUAAGACAGAAUAUUCCAACAUUAUUUGUGUUCUGUUCGAUUUAAUUGCCAAAUUGACCAUUCUUUGUUAGUGUAAUGUUAGUAGCAAUUUUUAGUCGUAAUUUUAUAAUACAAAAGUGAAGUAUGCCGUCUGUAUAAAUUACCCGUUGUUAUUUUAAGUUUUAUAGAUUUUUUUAGACUUUGACUCGGCAACAAAUGUGAGAAUUGUAAAUUAUAUGUUGACCUGAUUUAAGCAUUGUCACCCUUCGAUGUUUACAUAUCGUUAACAGCUGUACUAUUUAUUACAUGCAAGUGUCAGUAAUAAAAUCUGUGUCACGUGAUUUGUAAUAAUUUAGUAUUAGAAAGCAGUUAUACUAAAAAUGGAACUUUUACCAAGAUGCAAGUAGCAUGUUUUAUCGAACUUGUAACAUCUUUGAUAAGAGUGCCAUUUUCUUUAUUAAACUUGUUAAAUCCUUCACUCUUCAAAGAUGGCCUAUCAUUUCAUAUUGCAAGCCGUUAGACAUACAUAUAUUGAAGGUGUUUUUUAACUGAGAAUGAUGCCACUCACAGUUAUGGUAACUUUUGACUGAAUACCUCUACAAGUAAAGUUAGAUUCAAGUUCUUGAAAUGAGAACAAUGGUUAGUACUAUGUUAAUUUCAAGACAUUGACCUUAGAACUACGCUUAAAGUUUUGAAAUAAGAAUAACGCUAAAUGUAAAGUGGCUUGAUCUGAGAAUAACGGUAAAUGUAAAGUGGUUUGGUCUGAGAAUAACGGUAAAUGUAAAGUGGUUUGGUCUGAGAAUAACGGUAAAUGUAAAGUGGUUUGGUCUGAGAAUAACGGUAAAUGUAAAGUGGUUUGGUCUGAGAAUAACGGUAAAUGUAAAGUGGUUUGGUCUGAGAAUAACGCUGAAUGAAGGAUUAUUUGUUAUCGUUCGAGCAGAGGUGUUUCACUCCUAAACAAGAAUAACAAUGUUUCAUAAACUGUUUCUGUUUUCACUGCUUGUAAGUCAUUGUUGAUAUAUACAUCGAACUCAUACAUCGUUAUACCUUUGUGACAAGAGUGAAUGAAAUAGUGAGACUAUAACGCGAAAAGGUUCUAAGUGCUUCUUCAUUUAAGGUCACUCAGAUCCUUUCCUCUUUUUCUCCUCGAGUAAAUAAGGCCGUGCCAAUUGAAUGCGAAUUGUUGUCGUGUGUAUUUAUCAUAAUGACUAGAUUACCUUAGGUGUUAUUAGAAAUAAAAAAACACGUUUUCUUACUUUCAUUAUGAUUUUUUUAAAUUAUUCUAUGCCAUUUUAAUUCUUUUUUUUCAGAAGUGUUUUCACAUUUACCGUGCAAUAUUUUUUUAUAAAUAUUUAAAAUCGAUGAAUGGCCGAUUCAAAAUCUGAUAUUUCAAAUCGAUGAAAGGCCGAUUCAAAAUCUGAUAUUUUAAAUCCAUGAAAGGCCGAUUCAAAAUCUGUUAUUUCAAAUCGAUGACAGGUCGAUUCGAAUCUGAUAUUAUAGUUAUAAUACGUCGCUUAGUAACAAUGUAGAAACACGGUUCUAUAAGAUUCUGCAUGUGCAUAACUGCUUAUAUAAAAUGCACAAGGGUCAACUUAAUUCUUGUUUUGAAAGAGAGUGUAGAUUUUAACAUGUAUGUAAAUUGGUUAUUAUGCCAUGUGGCGUAAAUUGAAUACAUUUUUAUCAAACAUUUUUUCGAUUUAUAGCAUAGAAAUAUUUGGUUUUAUGCACAUUGCUAGUUUAUUUUAUGUUGUAUAUCCAUUGGUAUCGUAUAUUUCACAGAACGAUAUCGUAUGAUUGAUUUAAUAAACACUUACAUUCAAUUGUAAAAUAUCAUAAAUUCUAUACAGUGAAUACGUUUUUGGACAUAUUUUAUUUAAGUCGAAUAAAAAGGGUUAUAUUUGGGCAAAACCCAUCAAUAAUAGGUCAUAAUUGUUAAAAGGGACUCAUUCACAGCUUUUAUAUUGGCAAACAUUGAUUUGAUUCAGGUCAUAUUAAGUGCUCAGGUCAGAUUACAAAAAAACAAAUGUUCAAGAAGUGAUACUCUGAUUCAAUCGUAUUGGUAUUACAUAUUUUACAUUUACCGUUAUCUCUAACUGUGUUGUUGUAUCUUCCAUGAAUGUGCACUCAAUCUAAAUCUUGCCAAAGCAGUUUCAUGAUAUUCCAUUAACAAAAAGCAAACAAGCACAAACUGUCAGAUAAUCAAUUAAACUGACAUUUGUAACUUUUUUGCCUUAACGUAUUCAAUUUUCAAAAGCGUUACUAACUAUUUUCGGCCCAAAGGUGCAUUUCAGUUCACAAUUUGUUUAAAAACUCAGUAUAGCAGAGCUCUUAUUUUGAACGUUUGGUGACGUUUAAUCACUGUUACAAGCCGUUGGCUCACAAUUAACAAGAUAUUAUUUGAUGGCUGGCCAUAUAAAAAGUGAACGAGUUCCUUAAUGUUUUAUUUCCUUAUAAUUGUUUCAAGCAUUUCGCAAAAAAAAGAGAUUAUUUUUACCAUGUUUACAAUGAAAACCUUGUAGCCUUCCGCUUUUCUUUAAUAAGUGAUACGUAUAAUUAUGUUAAUGUAUUUUUUCGUAGUUUUUUUCUUAAUAUAUUCCAUUCCUAUCUUUUCACAUGAUGCAAACUAAUUAACAUAUCGCCAAAUGUAUGUUACUUGUAUCUGAGGCCAUCAGAUAUCUAAUAAUUUCUUGUAUCUGAUGCCAUGAGGUUUUUAAUAAUUAUGUAAUAACAUUGAUACAUUUUGACAACUUUUAGAUAAAGAGCAGGAUCCCUUAAAAUAGGGAAGCAUAAGUAAUAAAGUAUAUAUAAUCAAACUUGCGAAGAAAAUGUUUAUAUUACAAAUAUAUGGUACAAGUAUACAAUGUGCAUUGUUAAAAUUGCUAUCGAUUCAGAUAAGGCUUUUGAGGUGUAUGUGAAACAUUUGUUAAUUACUUUAAUGAAAAUGAGAUAGAUAUGUUUUCUGAAAUAUGUGAAACAUUUUGCUUUCUUUUAUUUGCAUUUUAAACUUUGUUUACAGCAUAUCUUCGUCUUAACUGUAACGGGUAAAGUGCAAUGUGUUAUACAGUUUUAUGUAUAUGUCGACCUGACAUAUACAAUACAUCAUCGCUUUUCAUUUAUUGCGGACGCCAUAUUCAAACUAUACUCUCAAUAUUGUAAUAAAUUGAUAGAUAUUAUAUCAUCCCUAAGUCAAAAGAAUCAAGGCUUCUAAGAUAAUAAGCAUUAUUCUGAAACGCAUUUAAUGAUUUUGUAAGUUUUAAAACUGCAUUCUCACAGAUAGACAGUUUGACAUUUAAAAAGAAAAUGUAUCAGAAUCAGCUUAUUUAGGCUUAAAUAUAAAACGCCAAUGGAACUCAAUUGUUUAGAAAAAUGCGGAAAAAAUCAUUAUUUUUAAAGCGUUAGUAAUGCUUUUAAAAUAAAACUUCAUUUUUUAACGUAAAUAUGAAAACUGCGAUCUGAUCUUUUGUCAGCAGUCACUGGUCCACAAAUCAAAGCACAAAAUGGCACAUUUCAAGACAAAAAAUAAAGUUGUCAAAACGGUCAAUAUGUGGUAUCAGUCUGUGUAUACCACGUGAUAAAUUACGUCAUAAAUGCUACGUCGGAAGGCAAUAUUUUGCUUCGAAAGAAGACAUUAAACAAAGAUAACUUCACUAUAUUUUCACCAUUUUAAAUGAAACAUAAAGCAGUCUACGCCGCUUACGGAGCCCCGCAUUCGGUCUUUUACCAGAGUUUGAUUUCGAGUUUAGUUUCUUAAAACACUUCGAAAAACCUUUGCACAAUACGGCCGUCUGACGGAGCACUGUUAAAACAUUGUUCCGGAAACAGGCUUGUCGAAGUGUUUGAUAAAACUAAUCACCUUGUGAAACUUCGGUAAUAAAACGAAGACGGGCUCUUUAAACGGCAUAGACUGCCCUUUGUUUUAUUAAAAAUGGUGCAGUAUAAGAAAAGUUAUCUUUGAUUUAAGUCUUUAUUUUAAGCAAAAUGUUGCAAUCCGACGUAGCAUAUAUGACGUAAUAUAUCAUGUGGUAUUCACACACUGGAGGCUGCGAAACACGACGUGUACGUGAACUUGUACCUAUAUGCACAAGUAUAAUUACAGUUGAAUUUCAGUGUAGUCUUCGAAAUUGUACUUGUAGACUCGUUGUUAUCGCCGAAAUCAGUUUCCUCGUGCAAACGUACAUGCAAUUCUCAAUUCAAACUGAUCAUAAACACAUAUUUGAUGACGUAGUGCGCAAAAAUGAGUCAACACAUACUCAUACCCGUACAAGUAGCAUACGCAACCUCUCAAAUAUCUUCGUUUGUAACUUUGGUAGAGAUGGAAUAAAAAUCAUGAAUGGAUAACAGUUGUUAUAGAUAUAAUGGUAGAGCAUUGCAUUUCAGCAUACAUUUCUGUAGUUAAAGACUCAUUUUUCUAAGCAAAUACUUGAAUAUGGACGUCUGUGUUUACAAAAUACCAAAAAAGCAUUACUUCUUUAUGUAAGCAAAGACAGAAAAUAGCUGUACAAUGUUACAAUUUAAAUGUUCAAUUUCUUCAAUUUAAUUUAAAUCGUUGCAUAUGUUUAAUAUAACUUAUAUAUAAAUGUUAUUUAAUACAAGAAAUUCAUGAAUCGAACGGUUAUUUACAGGAAAGAUGAACUCAUUCCAACAUGUUCGAUAAACUUUUGUCAGAAUAUUAAUGGGUAUGCAAAAUGGUUUAAAGCUAGGGUGUUAUUACUGAAAGUUAUUCUACAAUACUGGUUUGGCUUGUCUGUUGUUGUAAUCAAAACGCCCGGCCUAAUGUGGAUUAAUGUAUUUUUUUCUUCAAUAUAUAAAUAUGUAUAUGACAUGGAAUUCUCUUGCAUAAGAUUCAUAAAUAGGCACAUAAAUUUAACAUUUAUUCGCCUUUACUAAACAAUGUAUACCAUGUUUUCCAACUCCGCCAUACAGCGGUUUCUUCCCUUUCCUAUACAGUGUUUAAUUAUUCUCCGCUCGUCAAGGGAGAUUACUGCGUAGGAGAUUUCCAUGUUUUAUGACCCUUCUGAUCAUUCUUGUGCAAUAACCUCAAUGACCAAGAUUUCGUUUGUCGUCAAAUAUAUGUGUAAUUUUAUAUAACUAGUUACUACUACAUGCUAGUUUAUUCUGAAUAGUGUGCGCAACAGGCGCAAUGGGACGCGUAUGUUGUGCACUUUUUAAGGGACCAUGAAAUUAAAUGUUUUUGAUUACAAUUAUGACUUAGACAGUCCAAAGAUUGUAAGUUAAACGCCUGAGUUUAAUUUCUACUUUUUGAAUUAUAAAACAUCCUUAAUUUAAAAAAUAAACUUGCCAUGAUUUGGUUGAACUUUCUACGACCUUUUUGAUACAUUAAGGCUAUCUUUAUUUACAUUUUUUCAUUAUCCUCAAAUAUUAGAUCAGAUGGUUUGGGACUCAAACCUGUUGUUUUUAUUAUUUGUGCAUAUUUUAUAUUUAAAAUGUGUUAUGUAUAAAUUAUUUUGUGUUUAUGUGUUGCAGCUAUGUAAAAUAUGAAAAAUUUAAUAAAAAAUGAAGAUAC